GAGAGUCUUUUCACAGGAACUGAUCUAUUCAUAGCUUCAUUAUGAUUUUUUUAAAAUAUUUAAUUAUCUUGUCUUUAAUUGGAUGUGCUUUUAGUGGAGGGACAUCGACAUGCAGUCGUCUUCGUGAAAUUUUUGUUGAAUUACUGUCAGCUAGUCAGAAUAUGUUGGAAAGAUUGGCAAAUCAAACAGUUGAAAAUUCCGUUGCAUACAAAGCAAUUGAAAAUAGCUUCGUCAGUGAGCUUUUGUGUAAUCUGGAUGUUGUCGUUGAAAUUCUAGCCGAAGGAACUAGUCAAGCAUCAAAUAUAAAUGCGAGUUUUAUUGCUGAGAUCUUGAGAGGAAAUAAUGAUUCUGAGUUUCCGUUUCCACUGAGUUGCAUAAAGAAAGAAAUGCUUUCAUUUAUAACGAUCGUUGACUAUAUCCUACAAAAUACUUAUAGCACAUUAUCAUCAGUGUCAUAUAAAUCUCCAGUUACCUUUAAUAGCUCUUGUGAAUCAGUUGUGCAGCAUGUAUCUUCCUAUUAUCAUGCAUUGAGUUCAUACAUUGAUUCGAGAAUAUUCACUAACCUUGCUGAUGCAGUCGACUUCAAAAACAUCGGACAGUUUGAUUUAUACCUGAAAUUUCAUGUUUCCAUUAACAAAUGUAUGAUGACUACUUUAGCUAAGAGUGUGGCUGAGCUACUUAAUUCUGAUGCAAAUACAACAAUUGAAUUUACCACAAAUCAAUCGAUUGCACUUCCAAGUCCAUUAAAUUGUGUAUCUGGAUUAUUUGGGUCAGCAAUAGCUCAAAUUGAGUUAGGAUAUAUUGAAUUUAGCAAGACGGUUUUUAAUUUGCAACAUCCUGAAGCGUGCUUACAAUUAGGAACAGACUUUGGAAUAUUUGUUGAUAUUUGGAGCGGAUAUGUGGACAGGUUGCAGAAUUUUGCAAUUGAAAAUAUCCUAAAAUAUCCAGUCCUGACAUCGUCAUUCAUUUCUGAUUUUGAAUGUGAAGCACAUCGAAUGUUAAUUUUUGCUGCAAAUGCAACAAGUCAUAUAUCUGGUGUCUCAUUUGAUGCUUCAUUUACUAUUCUUAAUAAUCCAAUUAUCCCACCAUUUGGAUUGCCACUUGACUGCAUCGCUGAUGAUCUGAUUUACAUCCGUAAUUACAUCUGGACCAUCAUUAAAUCUUUAGCUCCAGGACUAAAGGUUUUUAAAUUGGCUUCAACAGGCAAUUUUGAUUCGUGUUCUGAAGUUCUUGCCACGUUUGCUGACUAUGUGAGCCCGUUGAUGCUAUUGAUAUCGUCUAGAGAAGCAAUCACAUCAAAUGCCGCCAAAGAAUUUGAAUCCAUUAAAAUUCAUGAUCAGUUCCAAGCAUCAUUGGUCUCAAAUGGAGAAUGUUUACCAAGUUUUCUAGCUUCUUAUAUAUCUUCAGUAUUGAAUGCUUCAUCCAUCAAUCUUCCAGCUUACCUCAAUGGAACAUCAGAUGAUUUGGCAUAUCCAUUUAGUUGUGUGAGGUUGAUGAUUGAUACGUUAAGAAAUAUGUCAAAUCAUACUUUAACUGAGUAUAGAGCUGGUGUAAUGGAUGCAUCAAUUCCUGAAAUUAAAGAUUUAUUUGGAUAAUUUAAAUUGCAA